GAAAGCAGUUCCCCCACUCUUGGAAUUCUGUCCGAGCGAUCUCGGAGCGAUCUCGCCACGGUCUUACAUAUUACGUAUAUGUCUUACAUACGGCCAUUUUGUUAUCUCAAGCAUCAUAUUUUUCUGUUUUUCAUAAGAAUUUAAUAUUGAUACUGUACAUCAAAAUUAACAGUGGAUAUCCAAUAAAAAUAACACAACAUGAGCGAACAAAAAAAAAAGAAACUUCCAUUUGUGUUCAGGAGGAUUGUGUUAGAUGACGACGAGGCAGGUAUUGAAACAGAUGCCGGUGUGUUAUGCGAGGUUAUGAUAAAUGGUACAAAAAACAUCUCAUAUGUUCCCAAAAGUUUUCUGUCAAGCCUGGGUAUUGAACUGCCUAAGAACUUGCACGAUAAAGAAAAUUGCUCGUCCAAAACAGUUGAUACUUCCGGGGAUAACCUAGAACGUGACGUUAGUAUACAAGCAUCUGGCAGCACGACUGCUAUUCGGACUGUUUCGCAUGUAUUGCUGCCAACGUUCAAUAGCUCCAAUGCUACUGUGAAGUGGGAUGACCAUGAUACCAAAAUGAUGCUCGAUCUGUACGCCGAAAACUUGAACCACGUUGGACCAUUCAAAAAGUUCAAAACAAAAAAAAAAAAAAAAAAAAAAGAUGUGGGAACACAUUGCGGUUGACAUUUCAACAACCUUCAGUAAAUAUGUAAAUGGUCAACAAUGCGAGUCACGAUUUAAAACUGUAAGGAAUCGUAAAGGUUUAGCUGUUACUCAUAACAAGCAGUCAGGCAACGACGCGAAGGUUGUGCCGUACCAGCAGGAAAUGGACAACAUCAGAAGUAUAGACGACAGUGUUCAGCCUGAAGUUCUUGUGUCUGUGGGUAACACCCGCGUAUUGAAACAAAAACGAAAAGAAGAUGCUGCAAGAGGUGGAACUAAAAAAAAAAAAAACAAGAUCCUCUGCUCGCUAUGUAUGUUGAAUUGCAAGAAAAAAAAGAAGAAAACAAAGAACG